UUCAUUCAAACCCGAUCGUCGGACGAGUAAACACGCGCGUUGAUUCUAGCAGGUGUUGAUCACUGUAAGCGAAAUAACACGGAAGACAUUGUUCGAUCUUCGUAUUUGUGUGCUUGUUUUACUCAACUCCUUUCAAGGAUAUUCUUGUGAACGGGGUAUACUUUUAUUCACUAAAAACUGGUAGAUUUCGAAAGUUUAUAGAGUGAGUUUUAGUGUAAAGCAAGUGCUUAAUUAAUGGAUACGAAUUAUAGAAAAGAGCACUUAAUUAGCAACGUCGGCAGUAACGGCAGCGAAGGCGACGACCAAAAUAGUGAUCCAAGUAAUGCAAAUAACGCCACCGUAAGAAGAAAUCCGUCAAUCCUGCUGGCACUGGACACCGUGCACCGGUCUCUGCUGCUGAAGAAUUUGCAGUUUGAUCAAGAAUCCAGCAACAACGAUAGUGAUAGCUCUAGUGAUGGUAGCGGCAUUUGUGAUGAGGAUCAGCAACAGUGGCAGCACACAGCGCGGGAAGAUCCACUUGACGAGCUAACGCAAUCGGCGGAAGUAGUAAAGGUAUCCAGAGAACAAGUGGAUUGUUCCGAACACAACACAAAACCAACACUUCAAACACAGAUCAAACACAUUGAUGAAGUUGACGGUGCCGCCAGUUUUCUGGAGCUGGUGAAGCUGGGGCGGGAUCGGAACAACAAUUACAACGACAGUCGGGUCAUGAUGAUGGUGGCCAAGUAUGAAUCACAGGGGAAGGGUGGCCGAGGCGGCGGCCCGAUAGAUGACACUGAAACGAGUGAUUACGAAACGCCUAGUAUGAGCUGUAGUAGUUUAGCGAGCGUGCGAAGUAGUUCCGCUUUUAGCGACGGGAGUCGGGACGUUAUGAGUGUGGAUAAUUUUGGUAAAACAGAGCCGGAGGUGGUGGGAACCGGGGAAAGUCACAAGGUGACGGCCGGGGCUGCUACAAUUACGAUUAAUAUAAUCAACAAGACUGCGGACAAUUGUGAUACUAGACCGUUGAGAACGAGUCCUAUAAUGAAGGCUGUGCAGGUGCAAGUUCCAGAAUGUUUGACGGAUGAAGAUAUCCGACCAAAUGUGACCAGUGGUGAAGAAGAAUCAACGGAGUGUGAAAUGGAUGGGCAACGUCGGGAAGAUAACCGUGGGCCAACGGCAGACACAGCGGAAGUUUCCAGCGAUCAUUCAUUGUGUGAUAAUCGUCAUUUUCAAACCGCAGAGAGUCAAGAAUUUUUAGAGUGUGGUGAUUGUGUGGAAUCAUCGAAUUCUUGUUACAAUGAUAGCUCUGAUAACGCGGAAGAAAUUUUUGAAGAACAGAGGGAACAUUCAAGUCAGAGUUCCAAGGUCAAUCGGGAAAUAAUCGACGAUGAAAGCGAACCAAUGAUCAACAUCGUUCAAGAAAUGACACAGGAUAUGCAAAUUACCUCGACAGUUAUACUAAAUAAGGCGAAAAUCAAGGAUCAUCGCAAGAAACGUGCCGAUGAGAAGAAACAAAAGCAGAAAAAAGAGAAGAAAAAGUUGGAUAAUUCGAUCUUCAAUCGGCAAAAAAUAAUCGACGACAAUUUCUGCAAUGAAAUACUCGAUUCGACCAUUCACUUCGAUCGAUUGUACGGUAUCAACCGCAAAACGGCAGUUGAAACACCAAUUGAAGUGUUAAGCGAUUCAGCUUUGCAAGCUUCAUCGGCAGGUGAUGAAUCGUUCGAUUCCUCAUUGUCCUUUGGAAAGUUGGAAGGUAAACCACGAUACUCCGGGAGACCAAUCGGGCGACUUAUGGCUAGACGCAUGAAAAAGCUUGACAAACCCAAGUCUAGUAAAUCGGAAGGUCUCUCCGACUCUUCAACUUCGAACUAUGCCAAUGGUCCGAAAAAACCACCACGAACUUUUGCAUCAUCACGCAACGGCUCUAAGAUCGGCUGGGUCACACAAGCAGAAUCCAAUUCAGAUAAACAAACACGACGAAAGCCGAGUUGUCCCAUGCUGCAAGACCUGGAUUCGGAUCCAGACUUGGUUGGGUGGAAGUUCGACAAGAAAAAGAAAAGUCACGAUAUCGGAUGGACUGUUCCGAAAGAACGAACAAAUGAUGCCUCGAUCCCUCCGCACAUCUACAGUAUGCUGCACUAUUCAGAUGACGACAAUCGAAAGCGUCUGAUCAAAUCAACCCAUUCGCAAGCCGCACCACAGUCGCACUCGUGUUGUCAUCACGUGGCGCAUCCAGCAGGGCCCAAACUAGACAUCGACACGGUGGACUGCCCCUCCGAUACCGUGCAAUGUAAGUUGUCGUCAAACUUAGAAUUUGAACGAUUCGUUGCCGACUCCAAAAUCAAGAGCACUCCUCACAAAAGACGCCCGCAGCGGGACGAAAGAAUUGAAUUAUUUCUGCAAUCUGAACGAACUGGAAGAGUGCGAAAAAGUCCGGAUCGAAGACGGCGGACAACAGGCGAUAUCUUGGAACGAGAAAAGAAGGCAGAGCAGAGACAUUUUUUAGAUGAUGGUAGACGAAGUGACCAUGAACCGGACAGGGAAGAAGCUUCAAUCUGUAAAAAGUGCAAUGGGAAAUCGGAGAAAAAAUCUUUCCGAAAGGCAGCUGUACGAAGAACUAAAUCGUUUUUUGAAGCAUCCAAAAAGAAAAUACACCUGCAGGCCCUGAAAAAGAAACCCAAAGAGAGGGAACAUUUUGAGACUCCGAAAAAGUGUGAGCUCGGUUCAAAUCUGAACAAAGAAAACUCGAUUAAAAAACAGCUGCAUAAACACCUGGGUUACACACCGGAUCAUCUGCGCUGCGGGUCCUGUCCAAAGCAGGCCGGAAUGGUACGAAACAACCUGGUGGGGACGACGAAUUCUGCUCCCGCUAGGAUGGCGACCGGUAAUGAUGCUUGUCGUCCUAGACUUCCAGCACGAACCGUACUCAAUUUUUCUGGGCCGGAAAUUGUAUCUGAAGACGACUUUGAUGAGGACCGAAAAAAACAAAAGUCUCAUGAAAUUAAAUUUUUUAAGACCCUGAAGAAUCUAAAAAUUUCUCCAAAGAAGCUGUUCAAAUCGAGCAAUGAUUCGAAACGGUGUCCAAUGGCUGCUUCUCCAAGACAAUAUGGUGACUUCCAAUCCUACGACGACCUAAAUCUGGAUAAUGUUGCCCAGAUGAGUGAUUUCUUGAACAACGUCCGUCAAGCGGUAGAGGUUGAGCGACGAAAAAAAUCCCAAGAUCUUGACUUCAGUAAAAUAUAUAUGGCGAGAUACGCAAAACCUGCCAACUGCUCCAUACUAAGAAAUAGACAUGUCUCCACCAGCAGUGAGUUUCUUGAUCGUCCCGAUCGGCAUGAAGUACUAGUUUCUGCUGAUUUACACCAUGAACCAAUCUAUCAAGAAAUCUCCCCGAAGAACAACAAAACCGUCAUCAAUGAGUUCAUCAGUGGUGAGUCCAGCAAUCGCUACAUAAUCGGCAAUAACCCAAAUGUAGUGUAUGCCACUGUCAACAAAACCCCCAAGAAUCUGAUCAAAACCAAAUCGGUCAGUAGCUUCGGGGAUGAUCAUCAAAGAUGCCAGUUGGAACCAGUUAGCGUGAAGAAGCUUAACGCUGAACCACCUUCCCCUUCACGUUUAAACACAUCUACUGAAACACAAUCAAACUAUACCAGCAGCAAGCUGCGACGUUCUUUGUUCCAUAGUCCUGCCUGUGGUGGUGGUUUUAAUCGGUCCGGUUCCAUGGAUGAAGACAAUGAUAUCUCGGUUUUGCAGGACGACGAGGAACAUCGACUAGUCAAAGACGGACGUAACCAACGGGAGGAGAUUGUUGAGGAGGAGGUGGUACUAAGAAAGCACGUUUCCGACACCGGUACUAGACUAAACAACUGCGAUGACGGGAUGGACGACGUGAGAGACGAUGACGGGUACAGGGUUUUCAGUAGUGAUAUUCACCGGACCAACAGCGCCACGAUGGCACGGGGUGCGUUGACAUGCGAGGAGCAGCUGCUGAAGACGGCUAUGGCGGCAGACACGGUCGGAAGGGCGCCGUUAGGGUCUAUUGAUACCUUGGAUGAAGAGAUCGAAUCACUACAGAAGUACGAAGACAGAUGUCUAGACGAUCUGGUCAAAUCACUGCGGGAAAACAUCACGCUCUCGGAGAUUGGCACCAUCGAUACGGAAUCGGAUGCGUUCGUGACCGGAAUCGACACAGUGGACUUCAUCAACCCGGUGACACCUUCGCGUCGCAACGACCUGGAAGCGGCCAGUGCUGGCAACAAUAGUGACAAGCAAAAUUCUACCAUCGAUACGGAUAACAUUUCCGAGAUGAUGAGUGCCCACGAUUAUUCCGUGUCAAAUUUGUCCCCGGUGAACAGCUCGCCAUCAUCGGCCAAGAUGAGGAUGAACAGUAGUGAUAUCUACCGAAAUCUAAAGGAUAAGCUGCGAACUUCGUUUCGGAGGAGUAAAGAUUUCAUUAAAAGCGAACAGCGCAAAAUUGUGAAUUAUUUUGACGAGAAACCCGCUAAACGGGAAGAAGGCAAUCGCGUGGCGUUUGACUUGGAUGAGUACCGAAAUAAAUACAUUGACGAUACCGAAACGGAGGAGAUUUACCAAUCGCUAAGUAACGCUGGUUCUCUGGUCGAGCUGAAUAAUCAAUUCCUUGCGGAACUGGUGAAUCAGAUCAAAACCCAGUCGGAUAGUAAAAAGCAGCUUAAACAGGCAUUGGCCGUAUGUCGGAACAUGAUAGAAUUCCAGUGUUCCUCUGAGCUUAUUGAGGCGGAACGCUUAAUGUUACUAUCAACGUUGAAGGAAACCGCUGCGAGGAAUGAGCUGAGUAAGAUCGAUUACAGCUCGAACGAAAAAGUACUGAACGAUGGAAAGAAGCUUGGAAUUGUAGUGCUGAACCAUUUUGAGUUUCCACUGACAGAGCACGCAGUAAACGAUACGAUAUUCAACUAUUUUUACGUGAUAGUGUGCUCCUACAAGAACCAAGUCAAAGCGACACUGGCCAGGGAACGCCGUGAAGAUCGCGUUUACUUCCGUGACUGUGAGAUAGAAUUUCACAAUUUAGAUUCGGAAUACGAAAUUCGAGUGGAAGUAUUUGUUCUGCGGCUACGGAAGGAUAAGCAAAUCAUGAGCCACGAGAGCAAAUACCAUCUGAACAAGGACAACAAAAAUCUGCUCGGUUCAUGUCCAAGCCCCCCGAAACUGCUCAGUCCGGCCAAACUGUUCACUGGUCGUUCAAGUUCGCCGAAAAAUUUUGACUUUUACAAUGAAUUUUCCCGAUUUAAAUCGCAGGGAUUUAUCACGCUCACCUCCAACAGUCUUCUGCAAAUCGAAGGGAAUGAGCAAUUGUUGCAAAACUCUCGCCAAACGCCGUACUAUUCAGCUUCUAGCAAUUUCCAAUGGAUGGUGCGGCGCCAGGGUGAUCAUAGUGUCUACCUGGUGGAAGAUUUCAAGGAUCUCAAACUGGAUUCAAUGGUUUACAAUUCGAAUUUAUCGGGAAGUCUCGGGUUGAGCAUCAAGCGUGAGGUUCUGUUCGUGAACUCUGAUAUCAGUGGAUUCCUCACGGUUGGUCAGAGUCGCAGUGGUAGCAUUGAUUGGAGCAGAAAGUGGUGUAAACUGAACGCAUGCUUUCUAGAGUUUUGGAAUUAUCCUCAGGAGUGUCAAGAGAAACUACCGACCCUCCAAAUUGAUUUGUCCAAGUGCAUCAGUGAUGGGGUGGAUUUGGCAGAUCGAUCUACUUGUUCACGCCCGCGCACCUUCCGGUUGGACGUGAUCGCCAAGGGAACUAGCAGCUGCAGCAGCAGUGGAAUCAGCAGUUACAAAGAUACGGACUCCCAUCAGCAGCAGUUGCACAAUCGAAGCAGCGGAAGCCAUCAGCAGAAUCAGCAAACCUCAUGUGAUAACACUAAAAUGUAUCUUUUAUCGGUCGAUACACCCAACGAGCUAAAAAUGUGGCUCAAUGAGUUGAAUCGCGUUGUUACGUUUUUAAAAGAUUGGAAAAUUUGAAUUGUCCAUACACUAAUACAAUCGGAAUUCGGUGCAAUAAAUAUUUUAAAAAAAUAGCUGAUACAAAUAAAGGUAUAGCUUUAGUUAUCGUUCUCAACUAGACUCUAUUGUAACCUAGUUUCAAGGAAAAUGAAUCUCAAUUUUUUGUAAAAUGCAAGUGCCUUCUCCUAACAUCAGAUUUCAAUUGUUUACGUAAACUGAUUAGUUUUUACAGCGUGUAUUUACGGAAGUAGUUAUUUCAAUAUGUUUAUUAUAAACCAUCAUUCCAUACUAGAAACUUAUACGUAGACAUUCCCCAUGAAGAUACAUAAAACCGAUGCAACAUAGUGCCUCCUAAAAAUACUUAAUACACAUUGAUCAUUUCAGUUGCAGAUGAGUUAGAGUACAAUUCAACUACAAGUUUUAACCGAAUCGUUUCGAUUGCGUUUCUUGUUACUAACCCAAUUUGCUAAGCUGUUGGCAAAUCGAAAUGAUCUCAAUGUUUUACUAGAACGUAACGGACCUUUUCCCAAAUAGGUUUUAAAUCAAAAUGUACACGUAGUUUUGUUUUUUCAUAGGUAUGCUAACAUUACUUAGGGUUUUAAAAAAUUGAAAAUAUUUAGUGCUCUCUUCGUUUCAAAUAAACCAUUA